UUUUGUCAUUGUUAUUUUUGGCAGAGUUUUAAGACCCUCCGAUAACAGUUGCAGCGGAUGAGUGUGAGGCGUGUCUUUGCGCGCUGUCAGCCGUGGAGGUGACCGUUAUUCGCCACCUUUGGCGCGGGGAAGGGGUUCAGAUGAAAAGGCUCCUCCUCCUUUUUCAAGCUGUGCUUCUUCAGGGGGGUUUCCGAGGGGCGCGGCCCUGCUCUUGUUUGCCGUUGGGGAGGGAAAAGAGGUUCAGAUCAUAACUUCAGAUAUUAUUAAAUCAGCUGUCUCUUUGACAGAGUUUGGAUUACAUAUGAGGUUCCUGAUUUUAAAGCAGCACAACUGCAAUGAAGAAAAGGAGAAAGCUCACUGCAAAUCUAGAUGACAGAAAACAUCUUGAUCACCAGAGGGAAUCUUCUGAUAAGAUUCCUGUAGCAGACGCUGUGCAGGAAGCUAUUGUUGAUUCUGUGGGAGUAGCUACUGCAGACCAGCAUGCGUAUUCCAAAGAACUUCCUCCAUCACCAGAUGAAAGAAAGCUUUUGAGCUCCCUACAGUACAACAAAAAUCUACUCAAAUACUUAAAUGAUGAUCGACAGAAGCAACCGUCUUUUUGUGAUCUGCUCAUAAUUGUUGAUGGAAAAGAAUUUAGUGCCCAUAAAGUAGUAGUUGCUGUUGGAAGUAGUUACUUCCAUGCUUACUUGAGCAAAAAUCCAAGUAAGAAUGUUGUCACCUUAGAUCAUGUAACUCAUUCAGUUUUCUGUCAUCUGCUUGAAUUUCUGUAUACAUCAGAGUUUUUUGUGUAUAAGAAUGAAAUCCCUCUAGUUUUAGAGGCAGCCAAGUUUUUAGAUAUUAUUGAUGCUGUCAAACUGCUAAAUAGUGAAAACGUUUCCAUUUUGCAAUCUGAAGAGAGGUCAGAGAAUCCAUCACAGUCAGAAACAUUAAGUGAACCAACUCCUAAAGUCGGAAGCAAUCACCAAUGUAAUUUGUGCAAUCGCAACUUUUGUUACAAGAAAUCCUUAGAAAAUCACUUGUCCAGAGCACACAAAGCUUCUGCACAGGAAAAGGAACAUGGACUAAAAAUAGUCGCGAGCUCAGAUAUUUCUACCAGAAGAUCAAUGAGAAAUCGAAAAUGUCCAGCUAAGUUUGAUCAGAAUGACAAUAAAGGUGGAGAUGUAUCUGACAGCAAUUUAGAUCAAAUUAUUCCUGGCAAGAAAACCAAUGAGUCUAACAAUGAGUCUGAAGAGAGUGGAAGUGAGUAUCCCACUGAUGAAGACAGGCAAGAAGAGAACACAUCCUUAGAUGAUACCGAGUCUGAAGAGCAAAGUGAAAAAGAAUGUGAGGAAGAUAGACAUGAGACAGAUGGUUUGGCAGCAAAUAUUUCUGAAGGCAGUCUUUCCACAUAUAUUCCGGUUAUUAUUCAGAACAGUAGUAAAAAAUUCUUGCAGUGUCCUAAGUGUAAUAAAACAUUUGAUCGAGCAGGGAAAUUUGAGAGCCACGCUCGUGUGCACACUGGUGAGAAACCUUUUGAGUGUGAUAUCUGUCAUCAGCGCUAUUCAACCAAAUCCAACUUAACUGUCCAUAGAAAGAAACACAACUAUGAAAUUGUAUUUCAUAAAAAGGAACACAAGUGUUCAUACUGUAACAAACUGCAUGCCACGAAAAAGACCCUGAUAAAGCACAUAAAGAGAUUUCAUCCUGAAAAUGUACAGGAAUUUCUCUCCAUAAAGAAGAAAAAGAGUGAAGGCUGGAAAUGUGAUAUUUGCAAUAAAUCUUUCACUCGAAGGCCUCAUCUGGAAGAACACAUGAUUCUUCACACCCAGGAUAAGCCUUUCAAGUGUACCUACUGUGAAGAGCACUUUAAAUCCCGCUUUGCAAGACUGAAGCAUCAAGAAAAGUUCCAUCUUGGACCUUUUCCAUGUGAUAUUUGUGGUCGUCAGUUUAAUGACACUGGCAAUCUGAAGCGCCAUAUUGAAUGCACUCAUGGAGGAAAGAGAAAAUGGACAUGCUUUAUUUGUGGAAAAUCAGUUAGAGAAAGAACAACUUUGAAAGAGCACUUGAGAAUCCACAGUGGAGAGAAGCCUCAUCUGUGUAGUAUUUGUGGGCAGAGUUUUCGUCAUGGAAGUUCAUACAGACUUCAUCUGCGAGUCCACCAUGACGACAAGAGGUACGAAUGUGAAGAAUGUGGAAAGACUUUUAUUCGGCAUGACCAUCUGACAAAACACAAAAGAAUACACUCAGGUGAAAAGGCCCAUCAGUGUGAAGAGUGUGGGAAAUGUUUUGGCCGAAGAGAUCACCUCAGUGUUCAUUAUAAAAGUGUUCAUCUUGGAGAAAAAGUGUGGCAAAAGUACAAAGCAACAUUUCAUCAGUGUGAAGUCUGUAAGAAAGUCUUUAAGGGGAAGUCAAGUUUAGAUAUGCAUUUUAGGACACAUUCAGGUGAAAAACCAUACAAAUGUCAAAUUUGUAACCAGUCCUUCAGGAUUAAGAAGACAUUAACUAAACACAUGGUUAUUCAUUCAGAUGCUCGCCCUUUUAACUGUCAAUACUGCAAUGCAACAUUUAAGCGAAAGGACAAACUGAAAUAUCAUACUGACCAUGUGCAUGGAGGAAAGUCUGCAGAAGAAUCACUAAGCCCAGCACCAGAGGAGAAAAUAAGCUCCUUGCCAACCCAGUAUGUGCCUGAUGACAAGGCUUUCCAAAGUGAGUCUAAACCAUUCAUGGAACAGCCCAAGGUUUAUCAAGCAGAAACCAAAACAAUGCUACAGAAUGUAUCCCCAGAUGCGUGUAUUCCAGUAACAUUGAUACCAGUUCGGAUGCCUGAAUCUCAGUCUGAUCUUGUACAACAUACCACCCCUGUUACAUCCUCACCUCAAGACAUUCUUCCUCCACAGCCUCCUUCAACAGAUUAUCAACAAGCAACAGAUUUGGCAUUUCUAGAAAAAUAUACUCUCACUCCACAGCCUGCAAACAUAGUUCAUCCAGUCAGACCUGAGCAGAUUUUGGAUCCUCGGGAACAGUCUUAUCUUGGAACAUUAUUGGGUCUUGACACAGCUCCUUCCGUACAGAGUAUUUCAAGUAAUGGACAUUCAUGAUUACAUGUGCUGGAUUAUUAGAGUGGUAUGCAACAAAGUACUUCACUAGUGCAAGGAUUUCUGCUUGUGCUGCAGAACUUCCCGUCCCUUUCUUCUUCCCCCACACCCUCCCCAAAUCUGCUCUGGAGGGUUGGGAAAAACCCCAGAACAGAUUUGGAGGCAUGCAGGAAGACAAAAGGGAGGGGAAGUACUGUUGUGUAGCCAAAAGUCUUUGUGCUAGGGGAACUAGUUUGUUGGAUACCGCUCUUAUAUUCCACUAGUCUUGCUAAUCCGUUUAGCAGUCAGAAAGCUAACAAAGUCGGUCUGUAUUUUCUUUGGCAUCUUUAGUCUUUUUAAAGCUGCUUAGCACAAGGAAAACCAAGUGGUUUUUUAAUGCAGUGGUUUUUAAAUGUUGUAUAGAUUUUUUUUAAAAAAAAACUUUCAAGGGGUACUAGACCAGAUAUUUCAUUAAGAUUUCUUAAUUCAUUUAUACACAGCUCUUUGUGUGUUUACUUUUCUUUGUACAUCUCUCCUUUUGUAUAUGAAAAUGUUCUGGGAAGCUUCAGGACACAAAUUACACAAGUCCCUCUUCAUAUUGCAGAUUACCUUCAUCUCAAACCAUUAUUGUUGGCCUUAAAAUUAUUUGUAUUUCAAUGCCAGAAUUUGAGAAAGUAGAUAAAGGCUGUAAAACUUAA